GCCAAAGACAGGGAGCGGAACCCGCCGCGGGAAGCCGCCGCCCGCCCGGGCAGCCGGAGGCCAGGCGAGCGGGGCGGGGCUGGGAGAAGGGUGGCCGCGCUGCCUCGGGACCGCAGCGACCCGAGCCGCUCCUGCAGCGCCAGCCGCGAUGGGGCUGGAGACCGAGAAGGCCGACGUGCAGCUCUUCAUGGCCGACGACGCCUACAGCCACCGCAGCGGCGUCGACUACGCGGAUCCCGAGAAGUACGUGGACUCGAGUCGCGACCGGGACCCUCACCAGCUCAACUCGCAUCUCAAGCUAGGCUUCGAGGAUCUGAUCGCAGAGCCCGAGACCACACAUUCCUUUGACAAAGUGUGGAUCUGCAGCCAUGCCCUCUUUGAAAUCAGCAAAUACGUGAUCUACAAGUUCCUGACGGUGUUUCUGGCCAUCCCCUUGGCCUUCGUCGCCGGUAUCCUGUUUGCUACCCUCAGCUGUCUGCACAUCUGGAUCCUAAUGCCUUUUGUGAAGACCUGUCUAAUGGUCCUGCCUUCCGUGCAGACGAUAUGGAAGAGCGUGACGGAUGUUGUCAUCGGCCCAUUGUGCACAAGCGUAGGACGCACCUUCUCGUCUGUCAGCAUGCAGCUGAGCCACGACUGACCACUUAGACCCCAGGUCCACAUAUCUGGAUACUGCACUAUUUUGUUGAUGUAACACAAAGCACUACUGUUCUGUUCGCUUCCCAACUUUUAUAAUUAAGGAUACUUUUAAGAUGUGACCAAGGUUCGUAAAUGUUUACUGACAGAUCAUUACAAAUAAUGACUGCCCUACUAAGAGCCAACGAUCUCAUAGCUAAUUGUGUAACAAGUAUUGGCAACACUCAGUGUAACAACAGACAGUUUUUCCUUUUAGUAGAGAGCAUGUAUUUGUAUCGAUGACUUGAUAAGGGUCAAGGGGCAAUUUCCUCAAAUGAGACAGUAAUUUUGUGCAUGACUGAUCAUAAAAGUAUGGGAGUUCUUAUUUUCUUUUACUCUAGGAGUAAUGUUUUAAAAUUGCUUUUACUGAUAUGGUCAUAAGAUAGCUAGAGGUAAUAUAUGCAAACAUUCUAAAAACCGUGCAGUAACAAAAGCAUAUGCUUAUAAUAACUAUCAAAUAUAAUAAGACAAAUAAAUGUGAAAAUGUAUUCCUCUGUGAUAUUAUUAGCCUGCAAGCCUGUUUAAUAAGAUGUUUCAUUUGGAUGUAUAUUUUAAAGCUAAUGCAAAUGUUAACCAUAAUGCAAUUACUUUAGAGUGUUUUUUCUUGCAUUUGCCGUCUUAUUGAUCUCAUAAAUAAAGUAAGUAUAGCUACCACAGGGUAAUUUUCUUUGUAAGACUGUGAUGUCACACGUGAGAAUUUUUGUAGCUUCUUUGGAAUCCAUUGUAAAAUGUUCUGUCAAGGCCUCCUCUCUAGGAACUUUCCCAGCAAAUGUUUGAUGACUGGGGUUCAUCCAGCUGUGACUGCAAGACAUGUACUUGGUUCGUUUACUAGAAGUUCUCUCCCAUGUAGUUAGAAACUUCAUAAGUGCUCUACAUUCCUGUGACUGCUUCACUUGCUUGCAAGUAAUUCUGGUGCUAGUUCAGAAUGUUUUCUAUAAAGUCUGUAUCCAGCAUCUAAGCACAGUUUUUACUACAGUGGCUUAUGUAGAGAAACUUACAGGAGAACUAACAAUUGUGAGGGUUUAUAAAACUGAAGUACAUGUGUAAAUUAAAAAGUAAUAGUUGCAAAUCUUCAAGAUGUCCUCUGCAAUGAAUUUUAUAACCCGUAAAACAUUAAUUCCCUUUUCAACUGUAGUUCUAUUUUAGCAUUUAGCUCUAUUUUAGCCUUUAAAGAAUUGGCAUACAAAAACUUUCUACAUUAUACUUACUAUAAUUUAUCAAGUUUUAAAAUUAUUUUCAGUACCUGAGUUAGCAUUUGCCUGAAUAUGCUCAUGGGUAUCAAAUCUUCAUUCACUGAAGAUUAAUAAUUUUUUUUUUAAAUUUCCAAUUCUUGUCAGAUUUAUGGGUGAUCGAACUGGAAUUCUAUUGUAAACCAGAUCAAAAGACCGUGUCAAAAAACUAAAUGAUAAAACUCAUAUUUCUUGAAGGCAAUCAUAAAAGAAGCAUUUCAGAUGUCCUUAGAGUAUUAUACCAUCCUCAGAAAAGAGGUCAUAGCUUGAUAAUCGUCACCAAGCAUUGCUACUAACAUGACUAUAGAGAUUGUAUUGUGCUAGUUUCUAAGGUCAGUCUCAUGGCUUUAUACUACUUUUUGUAACUUAAGUUUUAAACUCUUGGAUAUAUUGAUUAGUCAAGAAAUAUAGUAAUAAAAUAUCAAUUUAAUAAAUUAUAAGCUUUGAUUUUUUAAAAUAGUUUUGACAGACUUUAAAGACAAAUAUGUAAUAAUUAUAUAUCAAAACCUUUAACUUCUAAUAUAUAUGAUUCUCUUUUUCUGAAUUAUAUUGAUUACUUUCAAGUGAACUUUUAUUAAAACUUUUAAUGAAUUGUUUUGUGUCAAAAACUCAAAUUAUGAAUAAAGCAAAUGAAAGUUAAAUAUGCAGAUAUUUUGGUUCUUUAAUCUGGGGCAGUUGGAAGUCAGAGGCAAAGAAACUUCCUCAUUAUCUAUAAUAAACAUCUUUA